CAAAAGGCAGAUAUGGAAGCGUUAAAGAUCAUUUCCGAUGCGGGUCUUCCUGAUAAAGGCCUUUCAAUGGGAAGUGACGGAUGGCAUGUUCUCUCAUCAAAUAUUUAUCGUCCAGCGACGUUUGACACGCCAGGGUAUCAGAACCGCAACAAAGACUUAGCAACCGUACAACAUAUCAGGGAAGUGAGGCGGAACCUACGAAAUAUAUAGCUAUGACUUUUGAUUUAGAGGAAACCCGCGAGAAAAGCAUGGAAUGGUAAAGGCAACGGAACAUGGAAUCUGCGUGUUCUGAUGGCAUGGACAUCGGAGACGACCAGGAGUCGAAAGUUAGACGUAGUAUCAACAUGAAAAUUGACGUGGAUUCUGCUGUAACUGAUGAACACGGGCUCUUUCAGCCGAACCAGGCGCCUGGUAACGAUGAAACACCCAUGGACGUUCAUACAGACGCGUUGGAGGAGGAGGAAACUUAUCUUGAUGGUUCCUAUGAUGAAGACAGUUCCGACUCGGAGUUAUCCAUGGAGGAGGAGGAGGAGUACCAUAGUGAUGUGUCCCUGGAUGAAGACGAAGACGAGGAGCUACCCGAGCCUGGCAUGACGCCUAGAAUGGCGCUGAAGGGAGACAUGGAAGAUGUACCAGGUAAACAGGAUUACCUGGACACAUGUAAACAGCUGAACGUGGUUCCUGUGUGGUCCUUUGUCCGGAUGAUGCGGGUUCACCGGCUCCGGAUCCGGCACCGCAGUCUCGGGCCGCUGGGGACCAGGGCGAUCUGCGUUCCUGUCGCCAUGAGUCCGUAUAUCACCGCCCUUGACCUUGAGGAUAACGGUAUGGGAGCAGAGGGAGCCUGGAGUGUCACCGAGAUGCUCAAGGCCAACCAACAGAUCACAACAGUGAAUCUGUCCUAUAAUAACCUCGGUCCAGAAGGAGCCCUGGCUGUGGCGGAAAUGUUGGAAGAGAACAAGGUCAUCACGUCUAUAGAUCUGUCAGGCAAUCAUUUCGGAGAGUCGGAUGGAGUGCAUUUUGCAAGGGUAUUGAAGGAGAAUACCACUCUACAGGAGCUGAUAUUGAAAGAAAACGAAUUCAGAGAGAACGGUGCGAGGCUCAUAGGAAAAGGUUUAGUUCUUAACAGCACGUUGCGACGAUUGGACCUGAGUUGGAACCACAUACGGAACAAGGGUGCCCUAGCCAUCUGUACGGCCAUGAAGAAAAACCUCGGUCUGCGUGACCUUGACGUGUCCUGGAACGGGUUCAGUGACGCGGGCGCCAUCGCCAUGGCAGCGACCCUGAAGGUGAACGUGACCCUGACUGACCUGGACCUGACCAAUAACAGAAUAGGACCGACAGGAGUCCGUGCGAUCGCCAAUGCACUGCUGGUCAACCAGACGCUGACCACUCUCAGGAUGGGGAAGAACAAUGUCCCGUACGAGGAGGGAGCCAUCCUGCUCAAAGCCAUCAAGAAGAACAAGAACUCCGCCAUGUCCCAACUGGACCUAACGGAUGUUGCAGUCAACCAAGACUUCCUGCGGUUUCUUCGCAAGAUCAACAAGCUGAAGGGGAGAAACAUGACCGCCAUCUACGGCUUCGUGCAAAGAAAGGUGAUGAAGCAGGAGUGGCAGCAGCCGCUGGAGGAUCCCCGCCGGAUCUUCCAGGACUACAUCCUGAGGAACCACCUGCGCAUCUCAGACGUCUUCCGCCGCUUCGACAAGAAACAGAACAUGGUCAUCACGGUCGAGGAGUUCCGCACAGGCAUGAAGGAGUCCAACAUUAUCAUGGAGCCGUGGCAGUUGGAGCGGCUCAUCCAAAAACUGGACUCCGACGGGGACGGCCUGAUCGACUACAGUGAUUUGCUGGAGGGGCAGCGGAAGCUGGUGCACAAGGAGCGGCGCCAACUCAAGCGGAAACUUACCAAGAAGAAAAUCAAAGUGGAAGAGAAGAAACAAGUGCUGGAACAAAUGGACGUGGCGCUUCGAGCCAAACCACCAAAAGAGCCUGUCCCUCCUUGGAAAGCCGUCAGUAAGUUGGCCUUGCUGGCUGCCCGGUCCAACUCAAGGGACUCUAGGCGCAGCAGCGUGCUACAGACGCCCAAGCUUCCCGCCCUGAACGAGGGACAGGUUGUCACUACCGCUGUAAAUCGCUGGGUGGCGCUGACGGCACAGCGAGCAGGGGCGAGCAGCCAGGCAUCGCCGCGAACUACGUCACAACUAUCGCUGCGCACUACGUCACAGCUAGCGCCGCACCUGCAGCCCAUACUCAAGGUCCCGGAUGAUCCGGAGACGACAGAGCAGCCGACCCUCCCGGAACAGCCGACUCGGAAGGUUUCGGGAAUCAUCGCCGUGGAUCGCAUGCCUCCGGUAAAACGAUUGUCAUCCGGCAGAAGGCUGUCGGUUGGCGGGCGGGCGACAAGAGUGACGACACCACUCACAAUGAUGUCGAUUUUAAGCAGAGAAACGGCCAACUCUCCAGUUCCGAAGUUGACUGAGGAAAACAAAACCGAUAAAUGAAAACAAGAAUUAUAACUAACCUCCCAUCCAGAA